AUGGGGUAUGGUGGUGAUCAGAACACUGGUAUGGGGUAUGGUGGUGAUCAGAACACUGGUAUGGGGUAUGGUGGUGAUCAGAACACUGGUAUGGGUUAUGGUGGUGAUCAGAACACUGGUAUGGGGUAUGGGGGUGAUCAUGAUGCUGGUAUGGGGUAUGGUGGUGAUCAGGAUGCUGGUAUGGGGUAUGGCGGUGAUCAGGGUGCUGGUAUGGGGCAUGGCAGUGAUCAGGAUGCUGGUAUGGGGUAUGGCGGUGAUCAGGAUGCUGGUAUGGGGUAUGGCGGUGAUCAGGAUGCUGGUAUG